AUGCCAGCGUUUCAGCAACCGACAUUCUUCGGCGUUCUCUCUAUCCCUUCACUAGCAACAGACAGUAAACACGAUCGUAAGCUGGGUUUUGAUGCACAAACACCACAACACCAGCAACCAUGGCCAUCGGUGCUGAUCCAAUCGCAAAUUGAUUUUGCGAUGCAAUUGAACCAAAGCCACACUAUGUUCUUGCAGAUUAAAAAAUAG